AUGGCGAAGGGAACGAAAGAUGAAACGGGGGAUGGGAAAGUGGGAGAGAAAAAGCAGAAAACGAUUGUCUUUCUACAUCCAGACCUCGGGAUAGGCGGCGCCGAGAGGUUGGUUGUCGAUGCGGCGGUUGGGCUGCAGAAGAGAGGGUGCAAGGUGGUGAUUUUUACUAGCCAUUGCGACCCAGGGCAUUGUUUUGAUGAGGCUAGGGAUGGAACCCUCGACGUCCGCGUAAGAGGCAACACCGUCAUCCCCCCUUCCAUCCUCGGCCGCUUCUCCAUCCUCUGCGCCAUCCUCCGCCAGAUCCACCUCAUCUUGUCUAUUACUCUCUUCACCUCGGAACUCUCCAAGAUGAACCCUUCGGGCUUCUUCAUCGACCAGCUCUCCGCCGGCGUACCCCUCCUCUCCCUCUUGCGGCCACAGACACCGAUAUUCUUCUACUGCCACUUCCCCGAUUUGCUCCUCGUCCAAAACCGAAACUCGUCGCUGUUCAAGAGACUGUAUCGGAUCCCGUUUGAUGCGCUGGAGCAAUGGUCCAUGGGCUUUGCGACCUCGACGGCGGUCAACUCGAAUUUCACAAAGUCGGUCGUUGCGAAGACUUGGCCGGGUUAUCCAGCCGAUCAGCUUAAAAUAGUCUACCCCUGCAUCAACACCUCCCUCCCCUCCUCCUCCUCCCCCGACGAAGAAACCCAACCGAUUAAAUGGGGGCAGUCGGAGAAGUCGAUCAUUUUGAGUAUCAACCGCUUCGAACGCAAAAAAAACAUCGCCCUCGCCAUCCAAGCGUUCGCCCUCCUCCCCGCUCCCGCCCGACAGAAAUCAAAGCUUGUCGUUGCCGGGGGUUAUGACGCGAGGGUGCACGAGAACGUCUCUUACCAUGCUGAUCUAGUCAGCCUGUGCGAGAAACUGGGGUUGAAGUCUGCCACUGUCAAAACGGUGGUCAGCGCGCUGAACUCGAGCAUAGAGGAUGUGGAUGUCUUGUUUCUGCUGUCGGUGCCGAAUGCGCUGAAGGAGAUUUUGUUAAAGAGUGCAAAGUUGCUGGUUUAUACGCCGAGGGAGGAGCACUUUGGGAUUGUGCCGCUGGAGGCUAUGCUGAGGGGGGUGCCGGUUUUGGCGGCGGAUAGCGGGGGGCCGUUGGAGACUGUUGUUGAGGGGAGGACGGGGUGGUUGAGGGCUGGGGAGCCCGAGUUGUGGAGGGAGGUUAUGGAGCGCGUUGUUGAGCGGAUGGGGGAGGGGGAGCUGAGGGAGAUGGGGGAGGAGGGGAAGAAGAGGGUGAGGGAGAAUUUUGCGGAGACGGAAAUGGCGAGGCAGUUGGAGGGUGUGUUCGAGGAGAUGGAGGGGGUGGAUGCAAAAGGGGCGGGGGCUUUGGGAUUGGUGUUGGUGGUGAUGGCGGGGAUUACGGGGGCGAUAGGGGUGGGGAUUGGGUUGUGGUUGGUUAGGACGCCGGCGGUGAAGUUGUAG